GGAACGACAUUAGGAUCGACGAAGAGAGUAUUCACCAUUAGCCCUACUGGAUCAUAAUCGUAAAGCACUUAUUUGGAACUUUAUCAGUGGGACUUAAGUCCAAGAAUACGUUUAAGUCCAGUAGGAUGUACUCCCAGGCUGUGCCAUCUGCUGCCUGUUCAUGCUGGGAUCUCCUUUGAAAUUCUGCAUCUACUCAAGGGGCAGGAGUAACACGAAUGCCUGCCACAGAGAUGGAUGAUAUCCGACGGUCCUAUGCCAGGCUAUGCAAGGAGAGUGGCGCCGAGCCUCAGGAGAGCAUCCUGCAGCACUUGGAGGAAGCAACAGGGAGAAGCCACUUGGAUUUUGCGACACAGAGCCUUUCCGUGGAUACAUGUGGAGCCCUGGGCAAGCUCCUACAAGAUGAGCUCCAGUUCACUGAGAUAAUGCUGAGCGAUUGCAUGUUGAGUGAAGAAGGGGCUAAACUACUACUACAUGGACUUUGUUCGAACACAGUUGUGAAAUCCUUGGACUUGAAGGGAAACAACCUGCGAGCUGUGGGGGCCGAGGCUCUGGGGAAAUUGCUCAGGCAAAACAAGUCUAUCCGGAGCCUCACCUUGGAAUGGAACAACCUGGGCGUGUGGGAAGAAAGCUUUGCCCUGUUCUGCGAGGGCCUCCGCGCCAACUGCCACCUCCAGUGCCUGGAUUUGCGCAACAAUCAGAUCAACCAUCAGGGGGCAGGGGAGCUGGCCAUGGCCCUGAAGGGUAAUUCCACUCUACGGGAACUGGACCUGCGCUGGAAUAACAUCGGACUCCUGGGGGGCCGGGCACUCCUGAAUUGUCUGCAUAGCAACCGGACACUGCAACAACUGGAACUGGCUGGGAACAAUGUGCCCAGUGACAUCCUGAAGGCUGUAGGCCAAGCCAUGGAACAUAACCAAGAGCGCCAGGACAUCCUCUGCAAGAGUCGAAGCAGGACGCAAGUGCUCAGCAAAGAGGUGCUGUGCUUAAAGGAGGAGAAAGCAAAACAGUUCCUGGGUCUGAUGGAUACCAUUGACAAACAGCGAGAGGAAAUAAACCGCAGCAGCAGGGUGUCAGCAGCGCGGGUCGGGCAGCUGCAGGAGGCCCUCACUGAGCAGCACUCUGUGGUGAAUGCAUUAAAAGCGAAGCUCCAGAUGAUGGAGGCCGCGCUGGCUCUGUCAGAGCAGAAGGCGAGUGAGCUGGGCGAGUUGCUGAGCGCAGCAAAGCAGGAGCAGGUGAAGCAGACGGAGAGCCAGGCCAAGGAGCUGCAGCAGUGUAAGAAGGAUGCUGCUGAUCGAGAGGCGAGGCUUCAGCGUGAACUUUCUGCAACCAGUGAGAAAAACCUUCAGCUUAGGAAUCAGGUGGAGGAGUUAGAAAGAAAGAACAAAAUGCUGCAGGAGCAGCUGUUCCAGGUGAAGGAGGACCUGACCCACACGACGGCGGAAAUGAAACUGCGGGCUCUGCAGGCUGAGGAGCGCUUGGAGAUGGAGAAGAGGAGGUUCAAAAAGGGCCUGGAGGAUGCUGAAUCCCUUCGACUGAAGGAGGUGAAUCACAUGGCACAUCACCUGGAGACGAGUGAGCAUGCGCUGCAGGAGCGCAUCCAGAGGCUGGAGGCCACCCGCAUCAAUCUUGAGGAGGAACUGAGCCGGGUGAAAUCUGCUGCCCUUGUGGAGCGAGGACAAAUCGAGGAAGAGCUCAUCAAAGCCAAAAACCAAGCUAGGCUGGAAGAGCAACAGCGACUGGAGCACCUGGAAGAGAAGCUGCGGCUAAUGAUGCAGGCCCGCGAUGAGGCUCAGAAUUGCUGUCUGCAACAGAAACAGUCAGUAGCAGAGGCCCAUGCGAAGGAGAGCCAGCUGAGUCUGCAGGUGGAAGGGCUCAGGAGGCGGGCAGAGGAGCUUCAGCAGGAGCUGAGCAGCAAGGAGCAGGAGAAAGUCGCAGAGGUCAACAAGGUGCGAGUGGAGCUGCAGGAGCAGAUUGGACACCUGGAGGCUGAGAGAACAGCACAGGAAGGACUGCGAGAGAAGAUUGCAGCCCUGGAGCGACAGCUGAAAGUGUUGUCCAGCAACCAUCGGGAGAAGCUCCUGGACAAAGAGGGUGAAAUCUCAAGCCUGCUCGAGAAGCUACGGGUCCGUGAGGCAGAAAUCUGCAGAAUGAGGGAGGAGGAAGCUCAGCGAGCCAGUUUUCUCCAGAAUGCCAUCAUGGCUUAUGUGCAGGGGUCCCCUCUUGGCUCUUUCAGCCCGAAAAAGUGAGCAUGAGACUUGAAGGACCUUAAAGAAUGAUGUCGCAGAAUGAUAAUUGUGGCUUGACUCUGGGACACAUGUGUAUCAUGAAUUCUGAGUUCCGUAUGUCACUGGGAUAUCCUGCAACAGGGUGCAUUAUAAGCUACCUGAGUCUGAGGUGUCACCAAAGGACUCAUAAUUCCUGUAGAAGCCAUUUCUGUGGUCUGCACCUAAACCACGUCCUGUCUAAACCUGAAAACCAUGUUGAAGACCACCAAAGGUAAAGCCAUGCAUUCUGUUUUGUAGCCCACAAAAAGGUCAGUUCACAUGGCUAAGAAAGAGACUGGGAGAGAAAAACAGUAUCUCAAUUUGGUUAGCUCUCAUAAUGCAUCAGGAAUGAGCAAUUUCUCAAAUCCCCUAGACCCUGCAGGUAUUUCCCAUGCCAGUUCCAUAGAAUAUUGCUCUGAUAUGGGAGAUGCCUUCAUCCUUACACUUCCUGUAAUCAUGGAGAAAUGAGGCUGGGGCAAGGGUUAGUUGAUAUGUCCUGGUCCACUGCUACCUUUAGCAGAACAUCAUUUAUCUUCCCAUGCCUGGAAGAGCACAGCUGCUGAAGCUUUCUAAAGAGGUCAUUAUAGUGAGCAAGCCUCAGUCAGUAGCGCAUGAUUUCUUUGACCUUAAAAAUGGUACAGAGGGAGAGUACUAACAGGGGCGUGAAGCUGACUUAUCCGUGGAGCCUGGUCGAUCUCCAUAGCAAAAGGAAUCAAGCCUUUCACCAAUGAUAGCAUUUUUGUUGAUGGGAUGUAGGGGUGUGGCACGGAGAUUUGAUUUGGGUUUUCCAGACCAUCCUGAUUUUGCUGUGUUCCCCUCCUGGAGGAACAGUAAACUCAAACAAUCAGUUCUAAUUUCAUCUUUGAAUCUGGUAUGAAAAUGAAAUGUUUGUUCUUUUGUCCAACUUUAAGGACUGGUUUAGAAUUUUUAAAUAUAUAUAUAUAUAUAUUGUG